AUGGGUGAGGGAAGGGGCAGUGCAGCUGUAAGCAUAGUGAUGGCUUGCUUGUUGUUGCUCCAAUAUUGUGAGAUGGCUCAUGCAGCUGUUUACACUGUUGGAGAUGAUCAAGGCUGGACCUUCAACGUCGACUCCUGGACCAACCAAAAGCUCUUUCGAGCCGGUGACACACUUGUAUUCAACUAUAGGCCUGUGGCACACAAUGUGGUGGCUGUCAACAAAAUGGGUUACAAUAGAUGCAUAACUCCAAGGGGUUCCAAAGUUUUUCAAACAGGAAAAGAUCAAAUCAAGCUUGUGAAGGGACAAAACUUCUUCAUUUGCAAUCUCCCUGGCCACUGCCAAACUGGAAUGAAGAUUGCCAUUACUGCAAUUUAA